AUGCAAGCUGCCGUUAAAUCUGAAGAAGAAGAAGAAGCGCUACGUCAUCAUUGUACGACGCAUGAAUUCUUUUGGCCUGUUGUGUUUUUCUCCAGCUUCGACCAAAAAAUGAACACGGACAGCCUUGAAAUACGCCUCCAGGCCUUGGAAAACCGAAUACAUGGCGAAAGAAAGAACAAAACUGGAAAACCUGUGAAGUGUGCAGAGUCUUUGGCCAGGAUUCAAGCAGGUCUGACCAACACAGCCAACAAGAGAGAAAGAGUAAAGAUCCUCCACAAGAAGAUUGAAGACCUGAUGAAGUACCUGGAUCCUCAAUUUACCGAUCACAUCACUGUUCCUGAUGCAAUGAAGCUGGAGUUCAUUCUUGCUGAGGAGGACUUCCUGCUUUCUCAGGCUGCUUUGUUGGAGCAGGUUAACAGUCUGCAGCCACUGUUGGACAGCACUUAUAUUAGAGAUGUACCAGAACAUGCAACCAAGCUGCAGCGACUGUCCCAGAUUCACAUCAAACAGCAGGACCAAACUGAGACUCAGUCACAGGAAGUGAAGAAGGUGUUCGAAGAAUACAACAAAACGAUGUUCCUGAUGUCCAAGCAGUUCACCCAGUGGGACGAGAGCCUGAGGAAGAUGGAGGAGGCCAAAGGAAUCCGACCAGUGGAGUAGCUCCUCUGAACAAAUGAAGAUUUAAGAAAUGCUGAAGAAAACUGCACUGUAGCCGGAGCUCUUCAUCAGCCAUGUUACAUUAAUUAUCUCAUGCUACUUCAAUAAGUAAAAAAAAAAAAAGACACAAAGCAUCAACAGCAAUUCAGGAACUGUUUCUUUGUUUUGAUUUAAUGGUUAUUUGUUUCGUAAGAUUCAAUUAAAGACACAAUUUCCUUUAAUAAGAGGUCCUCAGAGCUCAAAAGUUGUCUUGUAUUGUAGUUGAACAUUUAUGGGUCUCAACUGAAGGUUGAGGUGCUUAAAGACUACUAAUGUUUAAAGUUUAUGAAAUCAGUAUUCAAAAGGAUAUAAAAAUAGACGAAAAUGAAAUUGAUCGUUAUGACUCCAUUUGUUAUCUAUAAUCAGCUCUUCAUUUGACUGUAGCUCAAACAUUGAAAUGCUCCUGUUAUCAGACAAUAAAGCUUUGUAUCGCCUCA